GCCAACUUCGAAACUCCCUAAAUUUUGGGUUUGGAAACCAAACGAUAGGUUCCAAAAAGUUGUGUUAUUGAGGCAUUGUGUUACGAAAGUAAAAUUCCGGGUGCUUCUGAAUAACGCUUCAGGACGCGAAAAAUGGAGUUUGGAGCGUGUCGUUGCCAUAAUUUCGGGGGUUUCAGUUAACACAAUGCAGCAGAGAGGAUUAUACGCGACCAUGAAUAUCGAAAACGAGGAUAAAUCGUCACAAGUGAGCCGAGGGCGGCACAAUUCGAAAUUAAAAGUCUUGGUCCGAAGUCACGCCAUCCGGGAGGAAGCUUCCCCUCCUCGCGAAUCCUCUCCCUCCCUCCUGAUCUCCCCCAGCAUCAAAGUCAUUCCCUCGACGGAAACCUCUCCUGCCAGCUCUUCGCCUUCGGGGAAUCCCGUCGUUGUGUUGAGUCCGUCGUUGACGUCAUCGCCGUGUCUCUCCCCCGUCUGUGUUUCCCCGACUUCGACGCUCGUGCCGUCGCCGACGAAUGCGGACGCGAGCGACGACAACAACAGCCCGAAAUACCUCAAUCGACUCAACAACAAACAGAAGGAAAAUGCUAGUCAGAACAAUAGGAAGAAGUACAUUUGUGAUUGUCCGAACCAGAACUGCAAGUGCGCCAAGAACCAGGAGCGCAAUUUUAACAACAAUCUCACGAAUAUUAACAACAAUGUGGUCAGUUCCAACACUUUGACUGUUAGUAGGGUGAAUUCGAGGAACAAGCUGCGGCAGCAGAGCUCGUCCCAGGGGAGCUUCGAGGGCAGCUCGUCCAAUUCGCCGUGUUUGUCCAGAGACAGCAGUUCGGAGCAAUACACGGACACUUCCGGUGCCGAUCUCGAGGUGUUCAUACCUGAAACCCUCAACAGAAACGCCAAGGACCGGGCGUUCAUGCUGAGGAUCGAACAAGAGCUAGUCAGUCUUGCCAAAGAUAAAGUUAAAACCCAUUACAAAUUCCCGCCGAUGUCGAGCUACCAACGCAUGCUGGUCCAUCGUUGCGCCGCUUACUUCGGCAUGGACCACAACAUCGAAUCGUCCGGCAAGUGCGUGGUGGUCAACAAAACGAAAAACACCCGAAUACCGGACGUCGAAUUCAAGGAGCACAUCAAAGAGGACGUCGUCUUCAGCGAGGAGCCCAGACGUUCGAUCCUCAAGCGUGACUCCAACAGCAUUGAGGACUACAGUUUCAAGUCGCCGGAUCGCCAAUACUCCAUGGAGAACAGGCGGAGUAAAAGUUUCGAGGAACGAGAAGAGGAGUACGCGAAAGUACGCCGACGAAUUUUCAACAAAGAACGGUUGUUUUUUCAGGAGUUGUGUCUCUUGCGCCAAAUGCAAGACGGCGGCAGCAGUGAGGACUUCGAGUGGGCUGAAAUACCGUGGUCGAGCACCGAUAGUGAAAAUUCGUCCAGGUUUCGGCUUCAAUUGCCUGAACAUGGACGAAGAGCUGGAAAAUUAACUAAAGUUCUCUCUGAGGAGGUUGGCGAGACUUCGAGGCCUUAUGUCGCCAAAAGUUACAGUUUUGGGGGCUAUGCUGGGGUCUUGAACAGGGGGGACAGUGUCGUGUCUACGCACAGUGCCGGGCCCAGACUCCUAACCAAACAAGACUCGGGUGCCAGUUCGGUGUCAUGGCGCCUCAGCCCGUCAAGUUCUGGCUACAAAUCUCAGUCUCAAAUGUCCGAGUCUAUAACCCCCUCCCCCACCUCCACCCCCAACCAGAUCGUGGAAUCGAGUCGUCAAGACGACGAAAAAGACUCGAGCGAUUCCCGAAUCGUGUGGGCGGUGACUGAUAUACAGAGAGUCCCAAAAGGCAGUAUUAUUAUAAACCCACAAACCGGGGAACCAAUCAAAAACGAGGACGGGUCACUGUACCACUACGACCCGAAUAACCCGCCCCCUGGGUUUGUCACCGCCUCCAAACCGCCCCCUUCACCGAAAAAAACCUCACCACAAAGUGUAUCACCGAAAAAACGAAUUUCGAAACUCUCGCCUAGUCAUAAAUCCCACGUGACUAACAGUUCGACAAGUCCCAGUUUGCCUUACUCCCCUCCACCAAAUCGGACCUUCCCCUUUAUGGGUGAUAACAACAUGGGUGGGUACCCAGUUUAUGGGCCCGGAUAUCCACCGUCGGGCCACGAAACUGUCCCAUACUACCAACAACCAUGCAUCGUAUACACCGCCCCUUACAACGUACCCAUCUCGCCCCAUUUCGAAGGACGAAUGGAACCUCCACCAAUGAACGAAAUGGGCGGUACUUACUACGUCCCGGAUAACAACAUAACAUAUCAACCGCAACCCUCCUACUACCAACAACCAAUCACGUUUUACCCGAACGCUCCGCCCCCGAACCCGCCCCCGCCGCGAUUCCCAGUCCACCACUACCAGCCCCCGCCCCCGCCGCCCAACCCUGACCUGGUUCCAGUCUACCCCCACCUUGUCUAUCCCAAUCAGGGGUACCAACCCCCCAACCAACCAAAUGUUGUUUACGCACAAAACCCCGUCUACUACCCCCCCUACCCCCAAAACACCUCCACCCCCAACAGUUGCGCCUCCUCCGUCUCCCACACGCAAUUCUCGAGCCACCUCCAGGAAAACAACCACCAGAACGCUGUGAUGCAACAACUCACGCAAAAUAUGUCACAAAUGAGUUUUGUACAAAGCCAGAAUCAUUCGAAUUAUAAUAACAUGUUGAAUAAGAUGACGCCGCCCCAAUUUGACGUCAGACAAAAAAGCAAUAAAUUCGGGGCAACCCCGAAAGGUUUUGUCUUGGGGUCUAGUCAGAGUAGCACUGGGACGAAUUCACCGGCGGCGACUGUGGUGGCCGGGUACUGCCCCCAAAAUCCGGGGAUGUACAGAACGCCCCCGGAAACGCCCCCUAAUCAGUACAACUACGGGCCGGGGUUUCCCAUACCGCCGAUGCUUUUCCGACAAAUGAGCAAUGUUAGGGCUAACACUCCCGGUACGACCCGAAGUAGUCGGUCUCCAACACCGGCCGGUGACGUGGCGCAUUUUGAUAGGCCGAGAAUUGCGCCACCUGGUGUCUACCAUGGCAUGCCUUACGUCCUUCCAUCUGAUAGUCGGGGGAUUCCCGGGAGUAAUCAGUACCGGCAGCCGCCUCCGCCGGUAAAACAGCACCCGUUCAGCCAGACGUCUGACAAGUCACACAAAAAUCGAAAGUCAAAGGGAAACAAACUGUCAAGUUUGCCCAACGCAAAAUAAUUCUAAAUUAAUUGUUACGAAACAAACACACGUGGGUUUUACAUCGAUUUCGUGCUGCCCUGCAAUUGUUGUAAAAAUCGAGGUAAGAAGUUCCUUUUAAUUUGUAGACAUCACUUAUUUAUUUAGCGAUUCGAUGCCAUAAUGAGAUUACGAAAGGAUUUGUUUGCCGUAACGUAAAUAUGAAUAAAAAUUGCUCAAUUCGUUUCGUUGUUUCGCACAAUGUUGUUUUUGUUGUUACGUUUGAGAAGUCUUACCUAGAGACGUCGUGCGUUGACUGGGCCUCUUGAUACGAAAAGACAAUCUAUUUUGUUGUUUGUAUGUGAAACUUUGUAAAUACUGAAGGGUCCAUUUUAGGUGUACACAUUUUUGUAUUUUGGAAAACUUGCCUGAAAUGUGUUCAACUAAAACCAACAACACAAGGAAACAAUAACUGACACUUUUUUUCCCUUUAAAUGUGGCGACAACUGUUGUUUGUAAAUUGUAUUGAAUUUAUUAAGAAAUUUUAUAAAAACUGUUGAAUGUUUUCCUAUUUUGGGUCAACAAUUUUAAGCAUGGACAGUUGAGUGAUUUUUUGUGAUUCGUUUUUGACUAAGUUUGUUGAGCCGUUGUUUAUAUUUUACGCAGAAUUGUUGAUCUAAAAUGAUUUCGUAACGGAUUUUUUACCGUUCAAGGAAUUCCAUCCAUUUCUAGUACUUUUUCCAAGGUAAUUUUACACACUCCAUCAUUCAAAUUGUCAUUUUUCGAGUCAAUUACGAUACAUACAAGACAAAACUUUACCGAUUUAUCUGAUGUGUACUUAAUUUUUAUGUAAAAGCAGUUUCUUUGGAAAACUGAUGACUAUGUCGUGCUUCGGACAUCAGAUUUCCAACGGUAAAAUGGAGAAACAAACAUGUACAUCGUUUUAAAAUUGAUAUUUUCAAAGUAGUAUUAAUCGUUGUAGAAGUUAGGCGUUAAGUUGUAUUUCCAACAUAGGUUUUUUAUGUUUGUAAUGAUUUUAUUUAUUAUUUGUGUUCUAAUGUGCCUCGGACACUUGUAAAUUAAAGUUAUUUCAUAAAACAAA